AAGCCCAAAUCAGAAGCAUCGUCUGUAGUGUUCGUGCAAGAAAUAAGGUACCCAUUUAUAUGGUGAAAAAAUUAUCCGCAUUUUAAAACCCUAAUCUUCUUCCUCACUGUCUCCUCCCUGAAUCGUGUGUGUGCGGAAGAAGUCAUGGUGAAGUACUCCAGAGAACCCGAUAAUCCCACCAAAUCCUGCAAAGCCAGAGGUGCUGACCUUAGGGUGCAUUUCAAGAACACUAGGGAAACAGCGUUUGCCAUCAGGAAGUUGCCAUUGACAAAAGCUAAAAGAUAUUUGGAAGAUGUUUUGGCCCACAAACAGGCCAUUCCUUUCAGACGCUUUUGUCGUGGUGUUGGAAGGACUGCCCAAGCUAAGAACAGACAUUCUAAUGGGCAAGGACGCUGGCCUAUCAAGUCAGCUAAAUUCAUUCUUGAUUGUAAUGCUGAAGUGAAAGGUUUGGAUGUCGAUGCUCUAUACGUAUCUCAUGUCCAGGUCAACCAAGCUCAAAAGCAAAGACGUCGUACAUACCGUGCUCACGGAAGAAUCAAUCCCUACAUGUCAUCUCCAUGCCACAUUGAACUGAUUUUAUCUGAGAAGGAAGAAGCUGUCCAGAAAGAGCCCGAGUCCCAGUUGGCAACUAGCAACAAGAAGAAGUCUCAAGGUCUUUGAAGCGGCGCUUCAUCAUAAAUUGUUAUUGGAGCUUAUAUUUGAGGCCCUAAUUUUCUAGUUUAUUGAAGUAGCACUCUUUCGCUUCUUUCCCUUAUGUUUGUUAUGAGCUGUUUUUGAAUUCUGAGCAGCAGUUUCUGUUUCCUAUACUAUGGUUUAUGUUAUUUGACUUGCUUGGAAAAUUUUAUUAUGGAAAUUGCAUGAUCGAUUUCAGUUUUAUUUUA